AUGCAGCACCCGUUGGAGCUGGGGGCCGCUCGCUACUUCCCGGCCGAAGCCUUCCCCGACCACCGCUCCCACCGCUACCGCAGCUUUAUGAUCGAGGAGAUCCUCACCGACCCCCCGGACGCCAAGGGGGCCGCGCCGGCCGGGGAGCUGCUCAAGUUCGGGGUGCAGGCGCUGCUGUCCGCCCGGCCCUACCACAACCACCUCGCGGUGCUGAAGGCGGAGCCGGCCGCCGUGUUCAAGUUCCCGCUGGCUCCCCUGGGCUGCUCGGGGCUGGGCUCGGCGCUGCUGGCCGCCGGCUCGGGGCUGCAGGGCGGCUCCGCCUCGCCCCAUCUCCCGCUGGAGCUGCACCUCCGUGGCAAGUUGGAGCCGGGCCCCCCCGAGCCGGGCAAGGCCAAGAAGGGGCGCCGAAGCCGCACCGUCUUCACCGAGCUGCAGCUCAUGGGGCUGGAGAAGCGCUUCGAGAAGCAGAAAUACCUCUCCACGCCCGACAGAAUAGACCUGGCCGAAUCGCUGGGGCUCAGCCAGCUCCAGGUGAAAACCUGGUACCAGAACAGGCGCAUGAAAUGGAAGAAAAUAGUGUUGCAGGGGGGCGGCCUGGAAUCCCCCACCAAGCCGAAGGGCCGCCCCAAGAAGAACUCGAUCCCCAGCAGCGAGCAGCUCUCGGAGCAGGAGCGAGCCAGGGACGCCGAGAAGCCGCCCGAGAGCCUGGGCUCGCCGGCCGAGGUCAGCCAGGAGGAGUGA